UUCUUUGUAUCCAGGAAUAAAGAAAUGCUCUUGAAAUUUAUUAAAGAAAUAUUUUUUUUCUUCAUGACUGUGGUUGGCAUGCUGGGGAACUUUUCUGUUUCUGUGAAUUAUAUGAUCAGUUGGUGGGGAGGGCCUGAGAAGAAACCCAUCCACCUUAUUCUCAUCCACUUGGCCUUUGCAAACUUCCUUAUCCUUUUUGCAAAAGUAUUGCCAAACAUAAUGGUAGCUUUUGGUUUGAGAAACUUCCUAUAUGAUAUAGAAUGUAAGAUCGUCAUUUAUCUGCCGAGGGUGGCCCGUGGGGUCUCCAUCUGCACCAGCAGUCUCCUCACUGUGGUCCAGGCCAUCAUCAUCAGUCCCAGAGCAUCUGGGUGGAGGAGGCUCAGACCACAGUCUGCCUGGCACAUCCUUCCAUUGUUUUUAUUCUUUUGGAUACUCAACGCUUUAAUAAGUGUGAACCUAAUUCACUCUGCCAGAAGUAGAAUCCUGAAUAUAUCACAGUACAAGAGUGAAGACAACUAUUGUUAUGUUAUGCAAGAAAGUCAGAAAAUAAAUUGGAUUGCUCUCCCUCUCAUGGUGCUGAGAGACGCUGUGUUUCAGGGAGCCAUGGGAGCGGCCAGUGGCUACAUGGUACUUCUUCUCCACAAGCACCACCAGCAUGUCCUCCACCUCCAGAACUCCAAGCUUCUCUACAGAACUCCCCCUGAGCUGAGAGCUGCUCAGAGGAUACUCAUUCUGAUGCUCUGUUUUGUUUUCUUCUAUUGGGCUGACUGUGUUUUUUCUCUAUUUUUAAGUCUCUCUUUAUCAGAAAAAUCCUUGGUGGGAAAUAUUCAAAAAUUUCUGGCCCUUGGUUAUGCAACUUUUAGCCCUGUUGUGUUGAGUCACAGGGAAGGACUUCUGCCUGAGUGUUGGCAUGUUCAGUUGGAGAAAUUGGGAAAAUAUCUCUCUAAUUUUUCUAUUCAAUGA